AUUCAUUUUAAAUAUCUUUAUGUAAUAAAAGCCCGACUACAGAAAGGAAUUAGCCGAAACAGCUUAGAAGAUUUGCACCCCAGGAAAAGGAAUUUUGGCAGCAGAUGAAGUAUUUAAUGACAUAUAAAAUUUAAGUCUUAAGGAACAAUAGGAAAGAAGUUCGUGACAAUAAAUGUUGAAAAUAAUGAAGAGAACAGAAGAGCUUAUAGAGAAUUGUUAUUCACAGCUCCAGGAAUUGAAAAUUACAUCAGUGGUGUAAUCUUAUUUUCUGAGACAGUAUAAAUAAAUUAGAUAUAUUAAUAGGUAAAACAUGCUACAAAGGAUGGAAAGAACUUCGUAUAAUUACUUUAAGAGAAAGGCAUAGUAGCAGGAAUUAAAGUUGAUAAGGGUUUAGGUGUAUUACCAGGAACACAAGAUGAAUCAGCAACUUUAGGAUUAGAUUCCUUGGCUAGUAUGGCAGCUGAACACUAUAAACUUGGUUGCAGAUUUGCUAAAUGGAGAGCAGUCUUGAAGAUUGGAAAUGGCUUACCAUCAUAAUAAGCCAUUUAAGAAAAUGCAUGGGGAUUGGCCAGAUAUGCUGCUAUCUGUUAAGAAAAUGGUCUUGUUCCAAUAGUUGAACCAGAAAUUUUGGCUGAUGGUGAUCAUUCAAUUGAAGUUUGUUAAAAAGUCACAGAGAAAGUGUUAGCUGCUGUUUUCAAAGCAUUGAAUGAAAACAACAUUUUCUUAGAAGGAUGUCUUCUUAAACCAAAUAUGGUUACUUCAGGAUCAACAAAUCCAGAUAGAAGCAAAGUAACACCUUAAGAAAUUGGAUACAGAACAGCAUUGGCUUUGAGCAGAACAGUUCCACCUGCUCUUGUUGGUGUCACAGUAAUUCUAUAUAUUUAUAUUAUUUAGUUCCUCUCAGGUGGUUAAUCUGAAGAAGAAGCUUCAUUGAAUUUGAAUGCUAUGAAUUAAUUGACUACAGUCAGAAAACCAUGGGCUUUAACUUUCUCAUAUGGUAGAGCACUUUAAAACACUGCAGUAAAGACUUGGGCUGGAAAAUAAGAAAACUGGGAGGCUGCUUAAUAAGCCUUAUUGACUAGAGCUAAGGCUAAUAGCGAAGCUUAAUUAGGUAUUCAUAUAUUAUUAUUAAAAUAGGAAAAUAUUAAGGUGGAUAAGGUGGAGCAUCUAAUGAAUCCUUGUUUGUGGCUGAUUACAAAUAUUGAGUAUCAUCGUAUAUCAUAAAAUAAAAACACAAUCAUCAUUAUCGUAUUAGAAUC